CGGGUAAACAACAAUACUCCAGAUUCCAUUUCAACUUCUUUCCUUCGUUUUUUGAAGAUAAGAUUUUGAAAUAUCUCAGGAUUUCCUUUCCCUCUCCGCCUUUAACAACCCAUACACCCAAAACCCUCCACGGUUUCACUUCCAUCUCUUCUUAAACCCUCAUGACGCCUGCUUUUUAACAUGAGUUUUUCAGCGACUAUGACUACGUCGGCGUCUUUUCGCGGCAACUUUAUUCCUUUAUCGCACUGCAGUUCGUGUUCUGACCUCCGAUUCCAACCCUUCAUUUCUUCUUCUAUCAAUCAUGGCCGUCGGCGGAAUAGUUAUCCUCUGAAAUGCGUUUCCGGGUUAGUGGUUAGAGGCAACCGAGUGAUAAAAUGCAGAGCGAGUGAAACGGAGACUGGAGGAGGCGACGAUAAUGAUAAAGAAAGGGAAGUGCAUGAAGAUGUUGAAAUUGCAGAAUCAACAAAUCCAAGUGGUCCGGUCAUUGAUAAAGGAAAAGAUAAGGGCCAACUUAGUCAGUUGGAAGCACUCAACAAAUUUCUGGAUGGUACCAAGGCCGAAGGACUCAGUGAGGAUAAAGGCCAACCUACUCAGUUGGAGAUGCUUAACAAGUUACUAAACAAAGAUGGUGCUGAUGCUAAAGCCAAAGAAGGCAUUGAGGAUAAGAGUCAGCUUGGUCAAUUGGAGACACUCAACAAGUUAUUAAACAGUGAUGAUGCUGAAUCUAAGGGCAAAGGACUCUCAGAGGAUGCUGAUAAUAUACCGGUUACGAGUGGAUCACCCCUGCCAGGUGUGAAGCCACAGCAGCUUGAUGACUUAAUCAUGAUCCCGAAGGAAACAGUCGACAUCCUGAAAGACCAAGUGUUUGGAUUUGACACUUUCUUUGUGACUAGCCAGGAGCCCUAUGAGGGUGGAGUACUGUUCAAAGGGAACCUGCGAGGACAGGCUGCAGUGUGUUAUAGAAAGAUAGAAAAAAGGCUACAGGAGACUUUCGGGGAUCAAUAUAAGCUUUUUCUUCUAAUCAAUCCUGAGGAUGAUAAACCUGUGGCAGUUGUGGUUCCCAGAAAGACUUUACAACCUGAAACAACUGCUGUCCCCGAAUGGUUUGCUGCUGGAUCUUUUGGAUUAGUUUCAAUAUUCACAUUACUACUACGUAAUGUGCCAGCAUUGCAGUCCAACUUGUUAUCCAUUUUUGACACUCCCGAUUUAUUGAAGGAUGGUCUUUCUGGAGCCCUUGUAACUGCACUUGCUUUGGGUGUACAUGAAAUCAGCCACAUUUUGGUUGCCAGAAGUGCAGGAGUUAAGCUUGGGGUUCCAUUUUUUGUACCGAGUUGGCAGAUAGGCUCUUUUGGUGCAAUAACGAGGAUUCUAAACAUUGUACCAAACCGUGAGGAUCUUCUCAAGAUCGCAGCAGCAGGACCUUUGGCAGGGUUCUCACUAGGUCUUGUUCUUUUGCUCUUGGGGUUUUACUUGCCACCAGCUGAUGGAAUAGGGGUCAUUGUUGAUGCUUCUGUGUUUCACGAGUCACUUCUUGCUGGUGGGAUAGCAAAGCUGCUUCUUGGCGAUGUUCUUAAAGAAGGAGCAACAAUAUCAAUCAAUCCCUUGGUGAUAUGGGCAUGGGCAGGACUCCUGAUCAAUGCAAUCAACAGCAUCCCUGCAGGAGAGCUUGACGGUGGACGGAUUUCUUUUGCAAUUUGGGGACGAAAGGCUGCAUCUCGGUUCACGGCUGCUUCUAUUGUGCUGUUGGGGCUUUCGUCGUUACUGGAUGAUGUGGCAUUUUAUUGGGUCGUGUUGAUCUUUUUCUUACAACGAGGGCCAAUCGCUCCACUGGCUGAAGAAAUAAGCGAGCCGGAUGACAAGUAUGUAGCACUUGGAAUCAUAGUUUUGGUGUUGAGUUUAUUAGUUUGUUUGCCUUACCCCUUCCCAUUCACAAGCGAAGCAAUUACAAGUCUUUAGAGCAAUGAGGAUUUAUGUGCCCCAUUACACCUCUUUGUGCCUCAUAUUUUUGGAAAUAUUCUUAUAUUUCAAGUUUUGGUAAUUACCACAAACUUUUGCUUA